CUCAGCCAUUGUGUGGGUCACAUGACUCCGGCGCCUCGGGAGGCGGGUCCUGUCGUCGCCAUGAUGGAGAAGGGCAGGAGACUGCUGACGCCGGCGCCGCCAUCUUGAGUGCGGGCCACACGUCGGGGACGAUUGCUGGGAGAUAGCUGACCCAGAGUGUCUGCUCAGGCCCUGUGGAGUGUGGCCUUCAUGUGUACUCACUUCCCUGCGCCUCUUCCGGCCUCACCUGCUGGGGCACGUUAGCUCAGGGGAGAUGGAUGUCCAAAGCCAGCCGAGAGAACUGGACCUUCCUUAACAUCUCGGGGCACAUUCACCACAUGCCAAUCUAUGGCAAAGCAAGAGAGAAGACCCAGCUUGCAGCCCCCACUACGUCCUAGUUCAGGUGUCUGUCUCCUUGGUCGAAUCACUUAGCUUUCUGAGCCUGAGUUUCCUUUUGCGUAAGAUGAAACAAGAGCAGCCGCCGGGGGACAUGGGAUUAAACGAAAUACAAGAAAACGGCUUUACUUUUGGAAAUCUGAAUUCAGCCAUCAUAUUGAAGGACAGAGGCCAAGUCUUUUCCCUCUCUGUACUUCCUGAAUGCAGUGUCCAUACCUCAGAAGUGUUGGUUUCUCAUCUCGGUGCAAGCAGAUUUAUCUGGCUCCUCGGUCGACAAAAUCAUCUCCUCAAGAAACAUGGAAACAAAGGCAUUUAAAAAGAGAUGUCAGUCUCUGUGAAAACAAAGCCUUCUGUAUGCACAUGUGCACCGAUCUCCUCUGAGUUUUGCCAAGAAAAACAAGUUGGAGACCACACUCUGUGGACACUGAGGGAUGACCCAGUUGAUUGCUGGGGGUUCUUCAUCAACAUUCUGUGAUAACGAGAACGUGGACUCCUUCUCAUUAAGAUCCGUGACCAUUUGCGCUAACUGCCAGGAGGCUGGAUUCUGACUUCCAACCACUGGUAUCUUUGUGAAAAUCAGUCUACAUCCACCCUUUAAAAGCACUAAACGAAUUAAUCAGAACUUUGGAAAGCAAAGAAGAAGUGAGAAAUUUUAGUAAAAGAAUGAGAUGUUAAAAACAAACUAGAAGGAGGCAAGGCUUCGCCUUGCUACUGACCUUCUCAGACCAAAUGCGACUGCUGCCUUAAAACGAAAAGCAAAACAAAACAAACAAAACAAAAAUGAACAGCACAUGCCUUGAAGAACAGCACUACUUCGAUCACUAUUUAUUUCCAGUUAUUUACAUCUUUGUGGUUAUAGCCAGUGUUCCAGCCAAUAUUGGGUCUCUGUGUGUGUCUUUUCUGCAAGCAAAGAAGGAAAAUGAAUUAGGAAUUUACCUCUUCAGUUUAUCACUAUCAGAUCUGCUCUACACAUCAACUCUCCCUCUAUGGAUUGAUUACACUUGGAAUAAUGACAACUGGACGUUCUCCCAUGCUCUGUGCAAAGGGAAUGCUUUCUUCAUGUACAUGAACUUUUACAGCAGCACAGCAUUCCUCACCUGCAUCGCCGUUGACCGGUAUUUAGCAGUUGUCCACCCUUUGAGGUUUUCUUUUCUAAGGACAAGAAGAUCUGCCUUCAUGGUCAGCCUGUCCAUCUGGGUGUUGGAAACCAUGUUCAACGGUAUCAUUCUGUGGAAAGAUGAAACGACUAUAGAAUACUGUGAGGCCAAAAAGUCUAAUUUUACUUUAUGCUAUGACAAAUACCCCUUGGAGAAAUGGCAAAUCAAUUUGAACUUGUUUAGGACGUGUACAGGCUAUGCAAUACCUUUGGUCAUUAUAAUGAUUUGCAACCAGAAAGUCUACCAAGCUGUGCAGCAUAAUCAAGCCACGGAAAACAACGAAAAGAAGAGAAUCAUAAAACUACUUAUUAGCAUCACGUUGACUUUCGUCCUGUGUUUCACUCCCUUUCAUGUGAUGCUGCUGAUUCGCAGCGUUUUAGAGCAUGAUGUGAACCCUGAUAAACAUAUAUUUGACCACAACAAGUCCGGGAAUCCAACUUACACAAUGUAUAGAAUCACGGUGGCACUAACAAGUUUAAAUUGUGUUGCUGAUCCAAUUCUGUACUGUUUUGUAACUGAAACAGGAAGAGCUGAUAUGUGGAAUAUAUUAAAAUUCUGUACUGGGAAGCUUAAUAACUCACAAGGGCAAAGAAAAAGCAUACUUUCUAUGUCUACCAGAGACACCGUGGAAUUAGACAUCCUGGAAUAGAAGUGAAGACUUUUUCUUUUUUUUUAAGGUACACAGUAUCAUAUCAUCAAGUUUACAUUUUGAAGAGGAAAUCUAGCAUGGGGGGGAGUAGGUGUUCCAAUUGAAUAUUCUAAUCUUCUUCAAUGGAAAUCUUUUAGAAGAUUUUUUUUAAUGAGUAUUAAACAAAAUUUAAUAUUAUCCUAGUGACUCAGGAUCGUUAUUAUUGAUGGCAAUUGAUUUUUUUUUAAAUAUAUUCUAUAACCUUUCAGAGGUCAGUAAGAUGUAUGGAACUCUAUGUCCUUAAAUCACUGAGCUUUGUGUCUGCUUUUCAUGAUUUUUCUCAGUCAUUCUAUGGAUUUCAGACCAUCAACUAUCCUUUUUCCCAACUGUAUGUACCUGUCUCCAACAACCCCAACUACUAAAUACUGCUUCUAACCUUCUCAUUAGUUAACAAAUAUUUAUUGAGCUCUUUUUAUACUAGGCUUUGUGUUAAGUAUUGGGGUUACAGAAGAAAUGGUCUCAUGAAGUCUUAGGAAGUUUGCAUCAACUUGGAAACCUAGUCAUUAAGACUGUAAGACUUUUGAUAAACAAAAAGCAAAUGGGCUCUGAACAAGAGUCUGAAGGCCUCUUCCGUGAUGUAAAUCUAUGAGCUCUGUGAAAGCUCUUUCAGCUGCUCAGAGACCUUCUUUACUCCUUUAAAAUGAUAGUUUUUAAAAAGUUUACAGUUAAGUACAACGUACUUGAAAUUAUCAGAAGUUUAAUGUCUAGACGAAAAGACCUAUUAUAGACAACAAAGAAACUUAUUGCAUUAAAUCUUACAUUCAGGGACUUCUUUUUGGACUUUGAAUAGAGAAUCUUGAUACAAUGUAUUCUUUUAUAUUUGUAUUUUCUCAUUGUGGACAUCACUCUGCCUAAUUUUAAGUAAGCAUUCAUUAGGUAAACAAUUUUAUGAACCAAAGUAUUUUUUUUUAAAGAUUUUUUUUUUUAUCAGACACUUCCCCUUCUCUCCUCUCUCCUUCUCUUCUUUCUCUUCCCUCUCUGCUUCCGAUCUGUCCUCCUACUCCUCCUCCCUGCAAAAUGAUCUGAUUACAAACGUUUUGGUACCAUUUGAUGCCCUCACAUUACCUGUUAACAACAACAACAACCAUAAAAACCCGACUAAUAUCUUUUCAGUAAUGAGGUUGUAGACACACACUAAUAAAUCAGUGAGUGCACAUACUGUCUACAUUUUCUAUUAAAGUUUUCAGUGAUGGUUCAGGUACACAAGAGAAAGCCAUCUUGCUCUGAGGCUGUUUGCGUACUCUCUGUUCUUUGCAUUUUUCUGAUCAUAAAGUCUCUGGAGAAUUAGUAGAUUCUGUCUGGUCAUGCUGAGAUACAUUUACAUAUGCCUAAAAGCUAAAGAUCCACCACUAAAAUGAAGAGUAAUUAAAAGAGUUUCGACUGUUAAUUAACUAUUGGUAAAUUAUUGGCAGCCUGUAACGUGAAUACUUGUAAAAGUAAGAGGUCCAGAAACAAUGUUGCCCGCAUCUGGAAACUCAAAUGCCAAUUAAGUGUCUUGUCCAAGAUCACACAGUUAGGUUGGAAGCAGGGCCAGGCUUGAACCCCAAGAUCUUGACUUCCCUCUAGGGUUGCUUUUCCUCCUUUAUAUUUGUUGGUUUGUUUGUUCUUAACACUUCGACCAUUUCUUUCUGUAGGGAUGCAAAAGAUAUAUAUGCAUGAAGAGUUAUUCGGGAGAGUCAUUGGACUUAUAUCAGAAUAAGGGAAAAAAGGAGAGUUGUUUUAUUAAUGAAUACCUCUGGCAAUAUAAUCAGUUACAUGGAUAGUAGCUAAGAUGAUCUGUUACGAAGAGCCGGUCAGGACUUUCCCUCAGUUAGCUAUAUAAAGAGAUGCGGCGAAUACAAAUCCGUGGCACCCUUAAUAAGAAUGUCCUACUUAAUGAUUAGCAACAGAAAUCAUUGAUUUAGAAUGUUGUAGGGUAAGUUAAAAAUGAACCAAGCUGCCAAAAUCUUCGAGCAGCCUAUCCAUCCUGUCAGAGCAGGCCAGUCUCGGAGAGCCCAUGGUUGGGGGAUGUUCUCCUGGUUUCAGGUCAAAGCACUCUAGACAGGAUCUCCAAUCACCUACAGUCCCAACAUUGGAAAGUUAACCCUUCAGUUUUGAAAAGCUUUUUAAAUUCCUAAUUACAGUCCUCCAUUGAACAGAAAGUCUGUCUGGAAGGAGAGAGACCUUGUCACUAUUAUCUUCCUGGGACUUUGUUGGCAGAAGACCCAGAUUGGAAUGCCACCCAUCAUCCACUUACGAACUGUUUGACCUUAAAGAAUUUUCAUGCUCUCCCUAAGGCUCAGUCUCUGUAGACUGUGGGGGCAAUAGUAACACUUGCUUUUAACAAGUAGGCAUGAAAAACACUUUGUAAAACUGUGAUGAGAUCUCUAAGUGUUCAUUAUUACUAGUUAUUCUCAUCUUUGUCAAGAUACGUGGACAGCUACCCAGUGAUGAGGGAGCAUAAGGCAAGCUGACACCCUGCAAACAACCCCUCCUGCCCCGCUCCCGACCACCCCCCCCCCCCCCCACCCUCCCCCCCAGCCCAACCCACACCCCCUAAGUCACCUCCAAGCCCCACCCCCAAGUGGGAUAUGCCUGAUAUUCCUCAGGAACUCCCAGCUACCCAAGAACAAAGGAAAGGAAAGAAAACAGAUGGUUAACAGAGAUCACAGUCCCUCAGGACAUAAGUCUCCAUCAGUUUACAAGUAUCUUAGUAAAUUACAAGCAAAAAAGGCAAUCUUAUCCAUAGCCUAAUCUCCAGAAACCUAUAGACUCGGUUUCCUGGAGCCCCAGCAUCACCCCUCCAUAGUGAUAAUGGGGGACAAAGGCAAGAAGGAAAUGGUAGGUAAAGUUAAAUUUCUUUCUAACCUUCAGCCCAUUGGCAAAUACUUGAGGCAGGGGGAGUAUAACAUUUCUCCAGGAACCCCCUACCAUUUUAAUAGUAAUGAUUUGCUAGAAGGAAAAACAACCUUCACUUGACAAUAACUAGGCCUCCAGUGUCCUGUGAGUCUUCUUUACCAUAUGAAAAUCCCUGUGGAAACUUCCUCUUGCCUUUACCUCCCCAGACUCCGUAGUAUAUAACCAUUCAUUCUUCACAACCCCAGCGCAGCUCUUCUGCCCAUGGGUCCUGUCCUCGUGCUCUAAUAAAACCACCUUUUUUGCACCCAAAACACCUCAAGAAUUCUCUCCUGGCCAUCAGCUCUGAACCCCCAUCACUCCAAAACCCUGUCACCGAGAGACAGAAGAGUUCUUAGGACACUGGGGCAGGAAUGUAGCAAGGUGAGCUGACCAGGGCUGGCUGCAGCACACCCUUGCCCUCUUUACUUCUUCCGGGUGGCGAAGCACAUCCGUUAAGGUAACUUAAGGGUCUCCGUUGUUCCUGGCUCUGUGGCACAUUCUCAACAGCGCCUGCUCCUGGCACUUCACAAUUCUGUGACGUCACCAUGAACAGAUGGGCAGGUGUCCGUCUUUAAUUAGUUUAAGUUUCUCCCUUUUCAUUUCCUUAUUCAGGAUGUUAGUUUUUAUUUUCAUGAACUCUAAAGUUAGACAUCUGAGACAGGCCAGUGAGCAAACUGAGCACAGGUUUUUAAAACCUCCAUUCCUACCUAGUCUGAAGAAGCUUUGUGGGUGAAGGAGAAGUUAAAAGAUACCAAAAAUGACCACCUCAUUUGGAUCAAAUGAUACAGCAUCAUCUGCUUAGGGGCAACCUUGGCAAAUCUGCUUCCCCAACGUCAUUUAUUCCAUUUCCUCUUGGCAAUUUAAGCCAUAAAUUCUCCUAAGGAUGUUAUAUUUCCAUUCUUUAAUGUUAUGAUCAGAUAAACAAUUAUUUACCAAUUACCUCCGUUGACCUUGCAAACUUAUUCAUUUUGAAUUACACAACACCAGUUUUAAUUGUUGUAAUGUUUAUUUAUUUUUGAGAGAAAGACACAGAGCAAGCGGGGGAGGGGCAGAGAGAGAGGGAGACACAGAUUCUGAAGCAGGCUCCAGGCUCUGAGACAUCAGCACAGAGCCCGACGCGGGGCUCACAUCCACGGACCGUGAGAUCAUGACCUGAGCCAAAGUCAGUGCUUAACCGACUGAACCACCCAGGCACCCCUACACAAUGCCAAUUUUAAAAUAGAAUCUGUGAUGCAUGGCAUGGUGGCAUUUCUUUUUCCAACGCAUCUGUCUUGCCCUGGGCUUCUUUUAGUCCAGCCACCACUGCCAUCAAUCUGUCAUUUAUGCAUGGGCCCCUGUUCUUGGCUGGCUAACCCGGUCCACAGGUUGCUAUGGAAGCACAACAGCUACAACAACACCCUGACUCAAGAAGGCCUCUGUGAUAAUAGACGUCUUUGUCUAGGUCCAUUGGAGAACCCUGCCAUGCAUCAGUAGGCUGUUCCUCCAAGAGACACACCCACAUACAAAUAACACAUAUUCACACACCCAACAACCUGCCCCAUCUCACAAAAACAAACAAACAAAAAUUCCUGGGAUCUUUCAGCACAUGUUUGUACUAUUAUGUAAGAUGUCUAAUACCAACUAGGAGAACAUGUAUUACCUCUUUAAUUUCUGAAAUGAUGUGCCACGUGGGUGUUUUCAUUUUCUUUUUACUAGAUCAGCAGUCAAGGGGUCAUUGUUAAGAUUCUGCCUAUCUCUACUCCCUUCUUUUUCCCUCAGCCAGAAGUUGCAGCCAAAGACUAUUCUGGAAAAUAGUACUCUGGAAAAACCCAGUUCUGACUGAGUUGUUUUAUUUACGUCUUCU